AUGCUGGCGCAAGACGUCCUGGAGGCAUCCAUCCACGCCUUCGUACGCGCGGUGGAGUUGCAGACGGAGAGCCAGGCGUCCUACAGGAGGGCCGUCAUCGCCAACUGCAAGCGAAUUGCCCAGAGCCUGUGGCCGAGAUGCCUCGUGGAACUGUACGGCUCCUACGCCUCGGGCCUGGGAUUGCGCAGCAGCGGCCUGGAUCUGCUCAUCAAGGUGCAGCCCAGCCGCUUUGGCCGCGACGAGGCGGACGCGACCGAGGCCCUCCUCUCUCCUAUCGACGAAGAUGAGGAGCAGCUGAGGCAGUUGAACUUGGAAGAAGUCUCGCCAGGGCACUCCGGUCGCUCGGUGAAGGCCAUUUCGUCGGCCGCCUGGCAGCAGCAGCUGUCAGAUCGGCUGGCGCGUGAGAAGUGGGUGUUGAGCGACUCCAUUCGCGUGGCCGCCCACGCUGCCAUCCCGGUGCCCGGGGACCAUUCCGUUUAG